UAGAAAUUUGAUCUUAAUCAAAGCUCUUCGAUUACAGUUUGUUUUUAUUUAAAAUACACCUUUUUGUUUUGUCCCUAAAAAAAAUGACAAAAGUAUAAUGUUUUGAUUCAUCAUCCAAUGGGGGGGCAGCUAAAGGUCAGCCACUGAUGAACCAAUUGGGGAAGUUCCCCUCCGAUUCUUCUCCUUCAUUGUCAUGGUUGAAGAUCAUCAACAUUAGGGUUUCGCCAUAAAAACAGUACUCAGCUUCUUUACUUCUUAAAAAAUGGCGUGGAGAAGCAACAUUGAUACUUGUGUCCAAAUAUGAAAUACCUCCACUACUUGUAGUGGAUAGCUUUAUAGAACAGGAUCGAUUUCAUCAUCACUAUUUUAAAACUAAAAUCGUUUUGUACGUUUUUCUUUUCCAAAUUUAAAUAUAGGCGAUUCUUGUUCGAGCUUGCUGGAUCUGAUUCCGUUGUCUGUGAAUUGAGACCUCUUGAUAGGAACUAUUCGAGUUCCUUUUUCUGCAAGGCUCUGCUUUGUCUUUCCUUUGUCUUUCCUUUGCUUCAAUCUCAGUCUAUUCUAUUCGGCGUCCUUUAGGUUCCAUCGGGUAUUAGAAGCGAGAAGAGAAAGCUGAGUGUUGAGCUUCAAUGGAGGAGGCUGCUAUUGACUUUCUUCUGGUUCCUUUAGGUCUCUGUUUGUUGGUGGUCUAUCACUUAUGGUUGGUUCUUACCAUUUAUCGGAAUCCCAGACGGACGGUCAUUGGUCUCAACGCCGAGUCUCGCCGCCAAUGGGUGUUUUGCGUGAUGACUGAUCCAUUGAAGAAUGGUGUUUUAGCUGUUCAGACAAUACGAAACAACAUAAUGGCAUCUACGCUUUUAGCAACAACAGCAAUAACUCUCAGUUCGUUAAUUGGUGUUUUUGUGAGCAGCUCAUCUGACAUGAGUAAUGCAAAAUUGCAUCUAAUUUAUGGCAACAAGUCUGCCCUUUGUACUUCAAUCAAGUACUUCUCAAUCUUGUUGUGCUUCCUUGUUGCUUUUCUAUGCAAUGUGCAGUCAAUAAGAUACUAUGCUCAUAUAAGUUUCUUGGCCACUGUUCCUACGUGGAGAGAUCAGAAAGAGUCUAUUCAGUAUGUUGCCAGAAACUUGAAUCGAGGCAGCCACUUCUGGUCCGUUGGAUUGCGAGCAUUUUACUUCUCAUUCCCUCUCUUUCUGUGGAUUUUUGGGCCAAUUCCUAUGUUUGCUUGUUGCUGUAUAAUGUUAUGUAUUCUUUAUUUCUUGGACACAACGACUAGUUUUACACGGCAACUUCACAGCCGAUCACUGAAGGAGGACCAGGAAGUCGAUCUGGAAUCACCUCGUCAGGUGUUGUAAGUACUGUUUGAGUCUCGUAAUACCCUUGAUCUAGGCAGUUCUAUGAAUAUAUAUCUUUCAAUGUUCCAAACCUAUAUCCAACAUAGUCUAAUAUAUAGUCAUUAAAUAUGUUUGCUUCAGCUGAAUUCCUGAUUGCUGAAGACUAUAGAUUAACUUGUCUAUAUAAUGACAACUUUUGACGAAGUGCCAAUAAAUGAAGGGCUGGUUUUAUUCUCCAAA